AUGAAGCUGUUGGAUACUGGUGAAGUCCUGAUGGUCCCCAUAGGGGACGCAAGGAUGGACAUGGAGGGGGCCUGGUGGAAGUUUCUCUUCUCGGGAGCCGGCGGGGCCGCGUCCCGCACCAGCACCGCCCCUCUGGACCGGACCUGAGUGCACAUGCAGGUUUACUCUUCCAAAAAACACCUUAUGAACCUGCUGGGGGGGUUACGGAGCCUGACACAGGAGGGGGGCUGCUCCCUGUGGUGCGACAAUGGUAUAAACCUGCUCAAGAUUCCCCCUGAGUAUGGGAUCAAGUUCCUGGUCUUUGAGCAGUGUCAGGCUCACUUCGGAGAGUCCUCGAACCCCACCUUCCAGGAGCGCAUCUUGGCGGGGUCUCUGGCAGUAGCCAUUUCCCAGACGCUCAUCAACCCCUUGGAGGUGCUGAAGACCCGGCUGACACUGGGCUAGACAGGCCAGUACCAGGGGCUGGGCAACUGCUUCUGUCAGAUGCCUUGGUGCCAGGGGAUCUGCUCAUUGUAUCUCACAUAUAUCCCAAACAUGCUGGAAAUUGUACCCUAUGCAUGCACCGACCUGGCCAUCUACAAGAUGAUGAACAUCUGGGACACCACAGGGAAGAACACCCAAGACCCCAACAACCUGGCCAAACAUCUGUCCACAGUCUGCAGCCAGAUGGCCAGCUACCCACUGACGUUGAUCAGAAUGGGGAUGCAGGCUGAAGAUACUGCCGAGGGCGAGAACCCCACCAUGCAAGGAGUCUUCUGGCAGAUCCUGGCCCAGCUGGGCUGGCCUGGCUAUAGAAGCAUGACCCCCACUCUCCUGAAAGUGCUACCAGCUGGAGGAAUCAGCUACUUGGUUUAUGAAAACAUGAAGAACAUCCUGGGAGUUUAGCAGAGAGCUGAACCACAGGCCCAGAGUCCGAAGGAGACAGAAGGGCUCAAUGUCCCCUGGCCCCAAAGAACCUUGCUGUUUCAUCCAUGUAGAACAGCUUUAGGAAAGAGUGCGCUGGAGCUCUAGACCGGAAAGAAGCCCGAGGUUCCCUCACUGGAGUACAGGCCAGGACUGCAGUCUAGAUCCUGCCAGGAAUAAGAAGGCAUGCUGUCGACUCAAGGGCCAAAUGGUGAACUGGGAAAUAAAAGAUGUGCUUGGCUAGGUGUGUCUGGGAUGCUGGGCCUAGGAGGGGAGCUAGGAACUUGGAGUUCCAGUGGCGCUGUCAAGCAAGCACUGGUCUGGGAACUGCAAGG